AUGUGUCAGGUCAGAAUACCAAUAUGUCGUGGACUUAGGUGUCACAUUCGGCGUUUGUUCUUCCUGAUCUUUUGCUGGGUGCCAAUUGGAUAUCUAUUUCUUUACGUGAUACAUCUGCACGAGAACGGACAGUACAGUGAAUCUUCCAAUUUAGGAAGAGGACUCUUACAGCAGGAGCCAGUUGAUUAUGUUCAUGAAACAACAGUUAAGACAUUGAAUAUGGAGCUCAAAAUUGACAAAUCAGUAUCUAUGAAUGAGAAGGAUCUACUUAAGAUGCUGUCAAAGGAUUCUAAUCUUCCUCUGAGUUACUUUGCGAAUUGGAAAUCAAAGAAGACCAAUUAUAAAUGUUUGAAGUAUCCAAGUCUCUAUGAGUUGGAUUUUAAUAACGUUUAUUGGCAAAGGAUGACUUCGCCAAAUGCCACCUUCUAUUUGUAUGGUGCUUACUACGAUAACAGAAAACAAGCUGGAAAAGUACCUAUGAUAAGAAUCAUAGGAAUGGUGGACAAGAUAAAACCACCACCAACUUAUUGUCAAUUCUGGUUUGAUGGCCUUUCCAAAGAAACAAUCUUAGAAACUGGGAUGUAUCAAAGAGUUUCUUACACGUAUAUGUGGUUUAGCAAAUGGGGAAAUCACAAAGAUGGAAUUUUACAGCCAUUCAUCAUGUCCUGCAAAAUCCCAGCUGCUAUAAAUGAUUCCGCCGUUCCAGUUUCGGUAUCUCUGGUAAGUAAACUAUGCGAAAAACCAACAAAUAACCUGAAAGUGAAUCACAAAGUUCCGCAGAAAAGGGAAGAUUUUGCUGUUUGCGUUAAGGGACUUGACUUUUUAUAUGAAGAUAUUAGUGUAAGGUUAGUGGAAUGGAUAGAAUUAUUAAAUAUUCUUGGUGCACAAAAAAUAUUUUUUCACGAAAUAGAGGUGCAUCCAAAUAUCUCGAAAGUUUUAUCUUACUACGCUAAACGUGGAUUGGUUGAGGUUACACCAAUCACAUUACCUGGUCCUCAACCAAAUUUACCAGGUUUCCGCCAUUUAUAUCUUAAAUCAAAAGUAGUUCAUAAAAGGCAAAAUGAACUCAUUCCGUAUAAUGAUUGCUUUUAUAAGAAUAUGUACUCUUACAGAUACAUUGCUCUUCUUGAUACUGAUGAAGUUAUUAUGCCUUUAAUUCAUGAAAACUGGAAAGAUUUAAUGGAAGAAGUGAUUCCAGACUCUCUUACAACUAAAAAUGAAACUAAGGCAAGUUAUAACUUUCGAAACGUAUAUUUCUUGGACGAUCUUCAAGACGGUAAAGAAAUGACUCAUCAGAUUCACGAGGAAGGUAUACCGAGAUAUCUUCAUAUUUUGCAGCAUGUUUAUCGAUCUGAAAAUUAUACAAAACCAGGUUCGUACGUUAAAUGCUUCCAUAAUGCUGAUCAAGUAUUAUCUUUGCACAACCAUUUCCCUUUGAACUGUUUAGGACGAUGUUAUACUCAUGCUGUAAAUACUUCGUUGGCCCAUCUUCAGCAUUAUAGGAAAGAUUGCGUUGGUCCGCUGAAGAAAAGCUGCAACGAGUUUAGAAAUCAUACUGUACGUGAUACAUCAGUUUGGCGUUUCAAAGACGAAGUAAUAAGACGCACAACAGAAGUGCUUACAAAUCUAGAAUUUUUCAAAUUUUGAAGUAUAUGUUGAAAGGCUUAACAUGUAACAGUCAUUCAGAGUCACCAAAGACAUUUCAAAUGAAUUAUUGAAUACUAACAUCUUUCAUUUUCACCUAGGUAUUUUAAUUAUUUUGACACAAGAAAACUACAGAAUGGUUUAUCAUUUUUCCAUUGAGAUGGACAGGAAGCAACUUACAUACAAACUUAAAAGUACUUUGGAAGCUAUAUUGCUGUUAGAGUAAAAAGGCUAGUGAUAGCAAAUAUCAAAGCAAUAACAGUUUAACAGUUAUUGCCAAGUAAUGUGAUCAUGUCAGUCAACUGUGACUGAUUUUAUUGUUGCUCAAUCCCGCAAUCAACGGACUAUUUUCUCAGUUGAAAUGGGAAAUUACUUUUUCAUGCUACACAUGCUCCAUCUCAUAGGUUAUUUAGCUUAACUAUGUUUCUGAAAAUAUAGUUAUUGUUUUUUUACAAAUCUUAGUUGUGCUUUUAA